UCUUUUAUCUCUCUCUCUCUCUAACCUUUCUGGAAAUUUUUGUACGUCCAAAACUCCAAAACCUUUUGGAGCAAAUCGCGAUCGAACUGAGGAAAUCAAGAAAGCUAUUCAAAUGUCAGCGACGACGACGGGACCGGAUUCUGCGGCCUCUCCGCCUUCUUCUCGCGUCGGUAGGGCCAAUUCUGACGGAAUCAUCGACACGACGCCGUUACUCCCUUCCGGCGUCUCGAGAGCCGCGAGCGUCGACGGAGAGAACGGAAUUCAACGAUCCGCUAGGCGCCAAGGCCUCAGAGAGGCAGCGAGGUUCCUCCGCCACGCUGGAAGCCGGAGGAUGAUGCGAGAGCCGUCGGUGAUGGUCAGAGAAACCGCAGCGGAGCAAUUGGAAGAGAGGCAGAGCGAUUGGGCGUAUUCGAAGCCCGUGGUGUUCCUCGACAUUCUCUGGAAUCUCGCCUUUGUGGCGAUCGGCGUCGCUGUUCUGAUCCUCAGCCGCGACGAACGGCCCAAUGUGCCGUUGAGAGUUUGGGUGGUUGGUUACGGUGUUCAGUGCGGGCUUCACAUGGCGUGCGUCUGCGUUGAGUACAGGAGGAGGAGGUGUCGGCGGAGGAGUGACACGCGCCAUGGAUCGUCAGCUUCUUCGUCUCCUUCUUCGACGCAGCAGUACGUUUCGUUAUCUCAAUUGGAGGAUACAGGAAGCACUAGUAAUUCUGCUAAGCAUCUUGAAUCAGCCAACACAAUGUUCUCGUUCAUCUGGUGGGUAAUCGGAUUCUACUGGGUAUCUGCUGGAGGCCAAACAUUAUCUAGUGAUUCUCCUCAGCUCUAUUGGCUGUGUAUCAUAUUUCUUGGUUUCGAUGUUUUCUUUGUUGUAUUCUGUGUUGCACUGGCUUGUGUUGUGGGUCUGGCUGUUUGCUGCUGCCUUCCAUGUAUAAUUGCAAUCUUAUAUGCCGUUGCCGACGAGGAGGGAGCAUCGAAGAAGGACAUAGAUCAAAUGCCGAAAUUCAGAUAUAGAAAGAUUAGCAACGAUGAAAAGCUCCCUGGCGAAACUACAAAUCGAGGAAUAAUGACGGAGUGUGGAACAGAUUCACCUAUCGAACGCUCGCUUACUUCAGAAGACGCGGAAUGCUGCAUAUGUUUGUGUGAAUAUGAAGACGGAGUUGAACUAAGAGAGCUACCUUGUAACCAUCACUUUCAUUGCACUUGCAUCGACAAAUGGCUUCACAUAAACUCUCGUUGCCCGCUUUGCAAGUUCAACAUCUUGAAGAAUGAAAACGAAGUCUAGUUGAUCAUUCGUGGGAUAUCAAUACCAGAAAGUUUUCAGGUAAAAUGUAAAAACUCUGGUGCGUGUUUAAGUGUUUGUGCAGUUAGAAUUGUAGAUCAAUGUAUUGUGUAUUACAUUGAACUAGUGAGAAACAUGUGAAUUCAUCCUUGGACCUGUUUUUUACUUUGGUGUGAAACAUAAACUUUGUGUUUCUGGUUUCUAUUAAAUAAAUAAAAAAAAAAUCAAAAUUUUAUA